UUCUGGCCAUUUUGAUACCAGGCGGCGGUGAAUAAGCAGGAGCGGGUGGGAGUAAUUCUUCAGCCGUUUAAAAAAAGGGAAAAAGUACUGGUUUUAAUUUCUUCAGUGGCGGUUCCUUUGCUGAACCUCUUCCUGCUGGGCUCUCCUUCCACAGCUUCUUCUUCCCUGUAUUUUCUUCCCCUGCCUGCUGGGCUGUCUUGACACAGUUCUUCUUCCCUCUCUCUUUUUCUUCCCUGCCUGCUGGGCUUUCCUUCCACAGCUUCUUCUCUAUCCCCUUCUCUUUCCCUGUUGUCUUUUUCCCCCUGCAGCUCCAGCUGUCUCUCCGUCAGGCUUCUGCGGUGCUGCCACCACUUCAGCUCACUCCCCUCCCCUGCUCAUUCCCCUCCCCUGCUACAUUUUGUCUAGGAUGGUCGCGUACCACCUGCCAGGUGCCACCAGUUAAAAAGCCCUGCACUAAGACAUCCCUAGGAAUAGAAAUAAAAUACAAAUAGAAGGUUCUGAAGAAGCUGGCAGAUGGGAUCUUGGAACUACUGAACAAAACCUUUCGGAGCUCCUGGAGCACAGGUGAACUGCCAGAGGAUUGAAAAAGAGUGGAGCCAUGGGGAACACUACAAGUGAAAGGAUAUCAGGGGAACGCCACAGUUCCAAGAUUCACCGCUCAGAGGGAGCCAUCCACCAUGCCAAAGAUCAUUCACACAAGAUCAUGGUUGGCAGCACUGAUGACCCCAACAUCUUCAGCACCCAUGAAUCUAAGCUUCCUGGAGAAAAAGAGUUUGUAUCAUGGCACCAUGACUUGGAUGAGUCAGUUAAACCAUCCCAGCAGGCUCGUCCCACAGUUAUCCGCUGGACAGAUGGAGGCAAAGAAGUUUUCAUUUCAGGCUCUUUCAACAAUUGGAGUGCUAAGAUUCCUCUCAUUAAGAGCCAUAAUGACUUCGUUGCUAUUCUGGAUCUUCCUGAAGGCGAACACCAGUACAAGUUCUUUGUAGAUGGCCAGUGGGUUCAUGAUCCCUCUGAGCCUGUAGUGACCAGUCAGAUGGGAACAAUAAACAAUCUGAUUCAUGUCAAAAAAUCGGAUUUUGAAGUGUUCGAUGCUUUAAAAGUUGACUCCCUUGAAAGUUCAGAGACUUCCUAUCGAGAACUUUCUGGUUCCCCUCCUGGAAUUUAUGGCCAAGAUAUGUAUGUAUAUCGGCCUGAAGAGCGAUUCAAAUAUCCACCAAUUCUUCCUCCCCAUCUUCUUCAAGUCAUCCUUAACAAGGAUACUAAUAUUUCAUGUGAUCCAGCCCUCUUGCCAGAGCCAAACCACGUGAUGCUAAACCACCUUUAUGCACUCUCCAUUAAGGAUGGUGUCAUGGUACUUAGUGCCACCCAUCGCUACAAGAAGAAGUAUGUUACCACUCUUCUUUACAAGCCUAUUGGCGUCUGAUUCCUGCAUAUCUCCGUAGAGACUCAAGGACUCUUGCUUUUUCUGGAUAUGCCAGAAUACCAGUGGACUACCAGGAUGGGUAGUCAGCUUCCUGAUUAUUUUAUCAGACACAAGGUUUGGAUGACCCAGCCCCUAUUCUGAUUUUUCAGCUCAAUGAAGUUCAUCAUCUCCAUUCAGGACAAACAAUUUGGUAAAGCUACUGAAAUCAAGUUUUGGGUGCAUUAUUAUUAUCUCAUAUAUUGCAAACUGUGAGAUUGGUUUCUUCCUGAAACAAGGAGACCUGUCUUGCAAUCUUCCCUUCCACGUUCAAAAAGAAAGUCCAGUGCCACCCUCUUUUCAAAUUAUAUGACCAUUGUAUACAUGAUGGCCGUGUGAAGCCUCCAAAUAGAGACCUCUUAUAUUUAAAUGUUAACUUCUGUGGAACAGCUCUUAUUCUCAAGUAUUGAAAGUUUCAUUUAGUAGGAAAUGAGAUGAUAGUUAGACAAAUUUUGGCCUAGCAAAGUAGAAUUGCUGUUAUGUUUUCAGUAUCUACUGCUGUAAAGCCUUUCCCAUGUUUGUCAUUCGCGGGUGCCACUUAAGUGUGAUAAGGCCCAGUCCUGGACUGCGUGGGUGGCUGAACUGUACCAUUCAGCAGCAGCUUCUCCUCUGUUGAGUAUGCCAGUGAAAAGAAACCACAGUGUAUCUUCUGAAUAAAUAGAAAAAAAUUAAGAUUUUUUAUCUUUA